GCCGGGGUGUUUCACCCAAGUGGACCUGAUUACGGCUGGUUUGCCCCGCUCCGGACGUCAUCGCCCGUGCUUGCCAUUGCCAUCACAGUGCACAGUGAUCACAGUGCAAGAAGACAUGAAGAUCAUCGUCACGGGCUUUGGCCAGUUUGGCAAGAUCGUCGAGAACCCGACGACGACGCUCGCGCAGAAGCUGAAGGGCAACGCGAAUGCGACCGAAGUCUUCGUCCUCGAGGUCUCGGCCGACGGCCUCAACGAAGCGCUCGCGCCGUACUGGGCCGAGGCCGAGGCGUCGGAUGAGCCAUUCAUCUUUCUGCACAUGGGCGUGAGCCACAAGGGCACGGCGAUCAACCUCGAGCAGGUCGGGUACAACGUCGCCGACUUCCGCAUUCCGGACAUGCGCGGGUGGGAGCCGGCCGCCGAGCCGAUCGCGCCCAACGGGCCCGAGAGCUACUCGACAAACCUGCCGGUUGAGGAUCUCGCGGCGGCGCUCGGUCCGCACACGAACGUCUCGACGGACCCGGGCCGCUACAUUUGCAACUACGUCUACUACAAGUCGCUCGCAGUGACGCACGCCAAGGCCAACCAGCACGCGCUGUUCGUUCACGUGCCCGAGUUUACGGUCGUGAGCGAAGCCGACCAGCUGGCGACGAUCGAGCACCUCCUUGUGCUGCUGCGCGCGACGGACGAGGCGUAGAAUCGAAUGGAAUACAGUAAUUGCAACCACACACAGUAUUAUUACCUCGCCUUGGCGACAAGUCUUCAAGGCGGACCCCACUACUCACA